AUGUUCAAAAGAACUUAUGUAUCAAACACUCACAUAGAAAUUGAAAAUACUGAUUUUCAUUAUCGUUACGAUGAAGAUGUCGUAAUUAUCUGGUGUCCUAAUGAUCAAAUGGCUAUUUUUAUACAUCGAGAAAUGAAAUUAACGACAAAACAACGGCUGAUUAAAAGGUUGGAGAAGAAGAAGAGAUGCUAUUAUAAGAAGAAUAGCCAAAAAGAGAGUGAUGAUGACAUGGAUUUUUGCUGUUGUGGCUAA